GCUGGGUUAUGAACUGGUUCACUGAUCUGCCCAUUCUCACUUCAACUCUCUCUCUCUCUCACACACACACUCUCUCUCUCUCGCUCUGCGGUUUUCCAUCGUAGAUAAACAGUCAGUCUAUAAUAGUCUGCAAAGAUAUGGCUCCUAAGUUGAUUGAGUAAUGAUGUAGUGAGAGAAAGAGUGGAGUGAGGGAGUGUAUUAGUUGAUCACGUUUAUUUGUCUUUGUGGGUUGGGUUGUGUUUUGGCUUGAUUUUUAGAGUUUUUUGCUUGCCUGUUUGGGUUUUGUGUUUUGUGGGGUUUUGGUUUCUUUUCUUGAUGGGUUCGGAGGGGGGAGAAGAAGUAUUGAAACUAGAGAAAGAUGGGAAAGCCCAGAGAGAGAAGUGGCUGAACAAUUGUAAACAGCUUUGUUCAAUUUGGUCAGGUCCUCAACAUGGGGGUUCUUUCUCAUUGGCUUCUCUUGAGUGAAACCUUGGUAUUAAGCACCCCUUGAGCUCUUAAAGAUCCAACUGAAAAUAUUUAUAAAAAAAAAAAAAAAAAAAGACUUAAAAAAAGAAGAAAAGGGUCCUGAUCUCGUAAGAUCUGUAUAAAAUUCUUUUUCUUUCUCAGUCAUGAAGAGACUUGGCAGCUCAGACUCCUUGGGUGCUUUGAUGUCCAUCUGCCCAACUACAGAUGAACAUAGUCCAAGAACCAACCAUGUUUAUAGCAGGGAAUUCCAGUCCAUGUUGGAUGGCUUAGAUGAAGAAGGCUGUGUUGAAGAAUCUGGCCACAUAGCCGAGAAGAAACGUCGAUUAAGCGUGGAACAAGUCAAGGCCUUGGAGAAGAAUUUCGAGGUCGAAAACAAGCUCGAACCCGAGAGAAAAGUGAAGCUAGCUCAAGAACUUGGUUUGCAACCUAGACAGGUAGCAGUCUGGUUUCAAAACCGACGUGCCCGUUGGAAAACCAAGCAAUUGGAAAGAGACUACGGAGUUCUCAAAGGCAAUUAUGAAGCUCUCAAGCUCAACUGCGAUAAUCUCCAACAUGACAAUGAAGCUCUGCUCAAAGAGAUAAAGGAAUUGAAAGCAAAGCUCCAUGAAGAAAACACAGAAAGCAUUAAUCUUUCAGUGAAGGAAGAGAUAGUGGUGGCCGAAUCCGAUAACAAAGCGAUGGAACAGAGCAAACCAGCUCCUGAUUCUCCUCCUCUACCUGCAUCUGACUCCAAAGACUUAAACUUUAAGUGUUUCAACCACAACAAUGGAGUUGGGGGAGCCACACUCUUCAGAGGGGACUUCAAAGACGGCUCGUCAGACAGUGACUCGAGCGCGAUCUUGAACGAGGAUAACAGUCCCAACGCAGCGAUUUCUUCAUCUGGGGUCCUUCAGAAUCAGCUCUUGAUGUCCACCUCUCAGGCGGCCUCGAGUUCUUCUCUCAAAUUCAAUUCCUCGUCGCCAAUGGGCUGCUUUCAGUUCCAGAAAACGUACCAGCCACAGUUUGUGAAAAUGGAGGAGCACAAUUUCUUUAGCGGAGAGGAGGCAUGUAAUUUCUUCUCGGAUGAGCAGCCUCCGACACUUCAGUGGUACUGUUCUGAGCAGUGGAACUAAAUUGAAAAAAGCAAAGCAAAGUAGCAAAAAAAAAAAAUAACCCAUGUUCAGAUAUUGUGGAAAAAUAAUAGGAAAGCAAAAAAAAGAAGAAGUGUUGUAUCUAGCUAAGUGAGCUCCAAGAAUAUUGUAAAGUUGAAAGUGGGGUUGUGUAAUUUUUAGCUUUGGUCUAAUAUGUCUCCCACUGUGCAAAGUGAAAGUUGGAGAGCUGGGGUAGUGGUUGAAGGAAGCUUAAGAUUGAGAAAAGCAAAACGGUGGAUUUAGCAAAGAAAAUGGUAAAAAUGGAGUUGGAGCAGUACAAGCAGAGGGAGAGAGAGGGGUUCACGUUGGGUUUGGUUGGUGAAAGAUGACGCCUAUGGGUUCUCUCUCUCUCUUUGAGUUGGAGGGAAUAUGAUUAGAUCGUAAUUGAAGUCUCUGCUGUAAAAAAAAAAAGAACCUUGGAAUCCUUGGGAAGCAAUUUCCUGUAAUGGAGAAAUAAUCAUUGACUCGCUUUUCUUUCCUUCUUUA